GCGUGAUUCGGUUACACUCAAAUAUGGCUACCAUGGAGUCAGAGCUACAACUUUAAUAUUUGUACUAAUGCAUAAAUUUAACGUUUUAUGUCAUUCUCCGCUCUACAGUCGCGUCGAAUAAUCGUUUUUUUGCGUGUACAAAUUGUGAAUACCCAGGCAAGGAGAUCAUCUCGAGGUGUUUAGCGUUAAUAAAGUAUUGCUCGAAAUUGCAGCUUGCUCCGCGAGCUGAUCGAAAUCGUCAGGAUUGAAAUCUUGAAAGCGAAAUCCGCUUUCGGUUUUCCCUCAUUCGAGGACAUUUUGGGCUGUGUUUCCCCGAAUGUUGCCAGGGCUCGGCUCCUGUCAUCGCCUCGCAGGAGCUCAGAUAGCGGUCGUUAUGGCUUGUUUUCGGAUGAGGGAUGUAACCCGCGAGGAUUUGGCGAUGUGGGAUGAAGCGGAAUAAAGAAAAGUGAUCCGUUCAAACCGAAGGAAAGCGGCUGCUUUCUGCCUAUGGAUUAAACAUUGUAGGUUUUCUGGAUCUAAAAGUGGAUUUUACUGGAAUACAGUAUCGCGGAAGAUAUCGCUUUGUCACGCUGGCUUAUUUUCCUGAGGAAUAGUGGCGUAUUCCUCCCCAACCCCCCCAGCGCCACAAACACAUAACAAAAGUACUAUAUGUCACGUAUAUGACGGUUCUUGUCAUGAAGGAAAUAAAUAAAAAUUGCUAGGGUCGAAGAGAAUGUCAUCAGAGGAGAAAAGUCUAGACCCCUCUGACAAAGGACCCUCGCCAUCUCAUAGCAGCUCUGGGGCCACUCCCACUGGAAGUCCGGCCCCCACAGAUAAGCGGCCCCGGGGCCGCCCUCGUAAGGACGCGUUAUCCACGGCAACACCUCUUCCAGCUGUGCCCAGACAGAGAAAGAAGAAUCGAGGGCGAGGAAAAGCUUUAGUGGAGGAUGAGGACAGCACAGAUGGAAUGGAGACCGCAGAAACAGGAAGCACACAGGAGACAGUCACUAAAGGGCAGCAGGAGGAGACGGCGGACGCCUCUGCUGUGGCAGUUUCAGAAGAGGAGCAGUCGUCAUCCCCUCUUCCUGCGAGCCCUGAGACGGGGACGGCACAAACAUCAUCAGCCUCUGGAGAAGCUGAAAGCAGUGAACAGCUCUGUGCCUUCUGUUACUGUGCUGGUCGAAGCCUGUUGGGCCAGGGCGAUCUGAAGCCAUUCAGGGUCACACCCGGAUACGACCCUACACUCCCACAAUCUUCCGCAGAGGAGGGCCAUGACCGUGACGACAAGAGUGGGGCUGCCAGCCAAUCAGGGAGGCCCAGGGGCCCAGAGAGUGUCGAGGCCGAGGAAGGAGGAGGCAGAUUCUUGGACGAGCUCCGCCACGUCGGUCUGCCAGACGACAUUGACGUCCGAACACUCUUUGAUGAGUCAGGUCAGUGCUGGGCUCAUCAGAGCUGCGCGUUGUGGUCAAAUUUUGUGUGUCCAGCGGAGGAUCAAUCACUGCUAAACGUGGACAAAGCCAUCCACUCAGGGAGCACAGAGCACUGUGCAUAUUGUAAGCGCCUUGGAGCGUCCAUCAAGUGCUGUGAGGAGGGGUGUGAUCGCUCGUACCAUUACCCCUGCGCGGGGGCCGCUGGCACCUUUCAGGACUUCAGGAGGCGCUCUGUCCUGUGCACAGAGCACGUUGAGCUGGCCGUCAGCAAAUUUGAAGAAGAGGCGAACUGUAUAUUGUGCGACAGCCCCGGGGAUCUCCUGGACCAGCUUUUUUGCACCAGCUGUGGGUUGCACUACCAUGGCAUGUGUCUGGACAUCAGCGUCACUUCUCUGAAGAGGGCAGGCUGGCAGUGCCCUGAGUGCAAAGUCUGUCAGACAUGCAAGGAGCCCGGAGAAGACACUAAAAUGCUAGUGUGCGAUAUGUGUGACAAAGGCUAUCACACUUUCUGCUUGCAGCCGGCCAUGGACUCUAUCCCCACCAACGGCUGGAGGUGUAAGAACUGCCGGAUGUGUGUUCAGUGUGGCACCCGGAGCAGUGAUCAAUGGCAUCACAACAGCCUACUGUGCCAAAACUGUGGCGAUCAACAGGACACCACCGUUCCCUGCUCAUGUCCCAGCGACGUAGAUCCCGAUGUCCACAAAGACCUGCUUUCUUGCCAUCAAUGCAAGAGGUGGUUCCACCCAGCAUGUGAGCAUCCAGGUCACGCACAUCCACAGUCCAAAGAAGAUCACAUAUGCUCCGUCUGUAGAAACGCCAGCUUUGAAUCAGAUCCCGUGCGCGCGAAUGCAGAAGGAAUCCAGACAGAGAUUCAGUCACACGUGGACGUUGAAGAAAACGCACAGCCAGUUUCAUCGAACGAUUUAGAGCCUGCCAAAGUUGAAGACGCAGAACCUCACCAGCCUGUCAGCGAGAUCCCGAGUGAAGAGAAGCAACUGGAUGAAAAACAAAUGAUGGAAAUUGGUGCGGAUGCUAGUGGCGAUUUAGCCAAGCCAGAGCGCAGCGAGACCUCAGACCACAGCGCGGAAAAUGAGCCGACUUCAGUUGCAUCUCCUCAGCAGACAAACGGUCCUGAAGAAUCAGAGACGCAUGAGCAGAAACUGGAUUCAGCUCCAGAGACGUCCACAGUCCAGCAGCUUGUGUCAUCCCUCGAACCAGAGGAGUCUCCUGAGACGUCAGCUGAACUCACAGAAAACCUCUCCCAGAAUGAGGAGGACAGCAAGCCCUGCCUGGAGGAGCAGAAAACCAUCCUGUCACCCACCAAAGAGCCAACUCCAGCCUGUACCUCCCAUGAGGAAGAACCCAUGGAGGUUUCCUUCACAGAGGAACCUUCCACAGUGGCUGGUGGAGUUACUGUAGAGCCUGAGGUUAGUACUGCGGAGACUACACCAGGAGUUCAGAGCCAGGAAGAUACGGAUGUUAUGGUGCAGCAGCGCGACAUUAUUUCCGAGAGCCACUCACAGGAAAUGGACAUCACUAUGGAUGGUGAUGAGCGAUAUUUGGCCAAGCUGAGUUCUCUGGUGGAGGAGAGGACGUCGUUACAGCAGCCUCCAUGCAGACAGCCCGAGGGUUUGCCCUCAGUUGGGCACGGGGCGUCCCAGCUCCAGCUCCAGGCUGUCUCAGGACAAGCCAUCAGCAAUGUGCCUUCAUCCACCUUCAUACCAUUCACUCCAAAAAUCGGCAUGGGCAAGCCGGCCAUCUCUAAGAGGAAGUUUUCACCUGGAAGACCCAGAGUCAAGCAGGGAGCAUGGAGCGCGUCCCGCAGACCGAGCUCCCCCUCAUGGUCCCUUGACCCGACUGAGGGCUGGGAUGGGCCAAAGAGCAGGCAGCCCUACAGCUCGGCCGGCUGGAUAAUCUGUGUGCAGGGACGGGGGUCUGGCUUCCCCAGCAGGAGACGGCCCCGGGGUUCGGGUGUCACGGGUCGGGGGGGACGUGGCCGGGCCAGAAUGAAGAACGGAGUCCCUCCAAUCCCAACACCAGGAGUGAACAUCAUGGAACCCAUUUGCACAUUCAAGGAAGAGGAAGAAAACGCCAUGCACAAUACAGUAGUGAUUUUCUCUAGUACAGACACGUUCACUCUGAAGCAGGAUAUGUGUGUGGUCUGUGGGAGUUUUGGACAGGGUGUGGAGGGGCGACUCUUGGCCUGUGCUCAGUGUGGACAGUGUUAUCACCCCUUCUGUGUCAACAUAAAGAUCUCUAAGGUGGUGCUGAGUAAAGGCUGGCGGUGUUUGGAGUGCACCGUGUGCGAGGCGUGCGGUCAGGCCAGCGAUCCCGGCCGUCUGCUGCUCUGUGACAACUGUGACAUCAGCUACCACACAUACUGCUUAGACCCGCCCCUGCAAAACGUGCCCAACGGGAGCUGGAAAUGCAAAUGGUGUGUGUCCUGUACGCAGUGCGGCUCCAUGUCUCCGGGUCUGAGGUGUGAGUGGCAGAAUAAUUACACUCAGUGUGCCCCUUGUGCCAGCCUGGCUUCAUGCCCCCUGUGCCAGCAGGACUACAACGAGGAGGAGAUCAUCCUGCAGUGCCGCCAGUGUGACAGGUGGAUGCAUGCCUCGUGUCAGGGAAUCCACUCAGAGGAGGAGGUGGAGAAGAUUGCCGAGACCAGCUUUGACUGCAAUCUGUGCCAAGGCCACACCCCCCUCUCUCCCCCGCCUGGAACGCCGGCCAAGUCUUGUUUGGAUUUAGCCGAGUCCGUUCUCAUGCCACAGAGAGUCACGAAAGCAAGAGAUCCUGGUAAUGAUGUCGUUUUGCGAAAGCAUUACGAGCUGACGAGGACGUACACCCAGGACGGUGUUUGUCUCACAGAGUCUGGUCUGUCACAGCUCCAGAGUCUCGCCAAUGCAGCCUCGCGGCGGAGACGCUCCAAACCCAAACUCAAGCUGAAGAUCAUAAACCAGAGCAGUGUGGCCGUGCUGCAGACGCCUCCAGACCCACGGACUGAACUGUCCAGAGAACUCUCCAGAGACCUCGACGACACCAAAACAGAAGGGGAGAUGGUGGAUGGUGAGGGGAAGUCAGACUCCAGCCCUGAGAGAGAGGCCACAGCAGAAGACGACUCUAAAGACACAGAUCCCUGCAAGAAGAGGAAGAGGAAGCCCUACCGCCCAGGUAUCGGAGGUUUCAUGGUCAGACAGAGGAACCGGACGGCUCCAGGCAGAACCAAACAGGCCUUGGGCAGGAAGGACUCCACUGGCUCUGAGACCCUGCAAGGCAAAGAUGAGAGCUGGGGCGACCAAGCGCCUGACACUCCAAUUGAUGAAAAACAUCCUUUGUCUGAUUUCCCUGACAAUCCUGAGAUUAAAAUACGGAAACGCUACAGGAAAAAGAAGACCAAACUGGAGGAGGCUUUCCCUACUUAUCUACAGGAGGCCUUUUUUGGGAAAGACCUGCUGGAUAAGAGCAAGCAGAGCAGGCAGGAAACCACACGGCUGCUAGAGGAUGAGCGAGACAGGAAACAACUCCCGGCCAAUCAGAUGAAGCCAUUGUCAAACACAUCUCUCAGUGCGUCAGCGGCACCGCUGGCCAGUAAAGCAGUAUCAGCACAGAAUUCUGUGGAGCCUCUAGUGGACCUCUCCGAAGAGCUGAGAUCAGACACAGAGCUGCUGGGAAUGUUUUCUAAUACCAGGCAAACUGAGGAGUCCGGUCUUGAUUUUUGCCCUUUCCAACUUGAGUACUCUCCUUCACCAUUUGGUCAUGAUGUUGCUCCUUUAACAGAAGACGCCUCUCAAGCUCAUAUGGGCCGAAGUCACCUGCGUCAGGUGCCCGAGGGGCCACUGGAUGGCAUCCUCAGCCCUGAACUGGACAAGAUGGUUACUGAUGAAUCAAUACUCAGCAGACUCUACAAAAUACCCGAGCUUGGUGGGAAGGAUGUGGAGGAUCUCUUCACAGCUGUCCUGAGCCCCAGCACCAGCCAAACUCAUCACAUGCCUCAACAGAUCCAGGGAGCCCAAACCCUGCAAGGUCCCGCAGGCCCUGGUUUCCAUCCCUCUCAACCCAACUCAGGGAUGUCUUCACGAAUGCCAGUGACGAAUGGUUUGAUGGAACCCAAACAGCAGUUUUCACAGUCCCAAAUUGCUCCUGGGGCAGGGCCUGAUAUGGCUCGAAAUAUCCCAUCAAUGCAGCGCAUGCCUUUCUCAGACAAUCUAAGGGACAGGAAGUUCAAUCUGAUAGUGCAGGAGACUGCUGGUCCGUGGUCCGCUACAGGCUCGGCUUCGGCUUCGGCUUCGGCGUCUGCUCCAGCCGCUGUCUCUGAGGUGGAGGGAGACUCCAUGUCCACAGCACAGAAGAGCACUCUGAAGUGGGAGAAAGAAGAGACGCUCGGAGAACUUGCCACUGUCGCACCAGUCCUGUACACUAAUGUCAACUUCCCAAACCUCAAGGAGGAAUACCCAGAUUGGUCAACACGAGUCAAACAAAUUGCAAAACUCUGGAGAAAAGCAAGUUCACAGGACCGGGCUCCAUAUGUGCAAAAGGCCAGAGAUAACAGAGCAGCCCUGCGCAUUAACAAAGUUCAGAUGUCCAACGAGACCAUUAAGCGGCAGCCACCUCAGCCAGAGCAGCCUUUAGAAGUGUUUGAUCCUGCUAUUCCACCACUGGACCCGGAAUUACUGUUCAAAGAUCCUCUGAAGCACAAGGAAUCAGAGCAUGAACAAGAAUGGAAGUAUAGACAGAAUAACAACCUGAGAAAGCUGCAGAAAGAACAAGCCGAGCUCAACAUGCCCCAACAUUGCUUAGUUCUGUUGAAGCAAAUGAGACAGAAAAAUAAGCAGCAAGCUAAGAUCGAAGCUACACAGAAACUUGAGCAGGUGAAGAAUGAACAACUUCAGCAGCAGCAGCAACAACUUCCAUCAAUCAGCCAAUCUGAGUAUGACUCUUCUGAUCACCAGAAGAGUCCAGUAUCUGGGCACUCCAACAGUGAGAACAUGUCUCCAAAGCAGCCCAGUUCAAAAAAUGGGGUUUCAAAGGCACAGCUGCCUGGCACGCCCACAUCGUGUUCCCCAGAUGACGUCUUUUUGCGCCCUCAUCCACCACCCCCAUCUUCAGGAUCUCAGCCACAGAGCCCUCAGAUGUUCUCCCCAAGCUCCUCUGGCUCCAGACCAUCCUCACCCUGGGAUCCCUACACCAAAAUGGUAGGCACACCCAGACCACCACCAACUGGGCAGGGAACUCCACGCCGUAACUCAGAAUCAGGGAAAUCUCCCAGAGGUCUUUCAGAGCCGAUUGGCUCUCCAACAUCCAUAUGUAAUGACCCUUAUGCCAAGCCCCCAGACACCCCAAGACCAGCAGGAGCUACAGACCCUUUUCUCAAACCUAUGUGCCCUCCCAGAGCAAGUCAGACAGUGGAAGGGAGGCAUCUUAUUGGCUCCCCAGGCCAUGAUCCAUUCUCUAGGGUGUCUGUCAGAAAGGAAGCUUACCAGAGGAUGCCCCAGGGCAGGAUGAUACUCUCAGACCCAUAUGCUCGUCCAUUACUCACUCCUAUCCCAGGCAGCAAUGAAUCAGGGUCCGUCCAGGUCUUUAAAACCCCUAUGCCUCCCCCUCAGGCUCAGGAACAAUAUGCAGGCAUGCAUGCACGGAGAGCAAGUGGGGAUCCAUUCGAAAGAACAAUGAUGCCCCCUCGUUCUUCUGAAUCAUUUUCCCAGAAUCAACAGAAUGAUCCUUAUGCACAGCCUCCGCUCACUCCUCGUCCUGCAGUAGGAGACGGCUAUGCAAAUCAGAGGCUUUCACGACAGCCCCAAACAUUCCCUUUUUCUCAACCUGGGCCAAUGGCACGCCAGCCUUCCUGUAACCCAUAUGCUCGAGCCCCUUCCACCCCUCGGCCAGACUAUUCCCAGUGUGAUCCCUAUGGACAACAGUCUGCUACACCAAGACCUUCAAGUGACCCUUUUGCCCCAUCUCCAUUUUCUAACCCAUACGCUAGAAUGCCAGGCACACCUAGACCACAUGACCCUGAACCUUACUCUCAGCAGCCUGCAUCUCGUCAUCCGGCCAUGAUGAAUCAACCAUCUCAGCAGGCUCAACUGCAGACCCAAAACCACAUAAUGUCCCCUAUGUCAAUGGACCCUUAUGCUCAACCCCCUGGGACCCCACGCUCAGGAAUGACAGACCGGUUCCCCAAGUCUCCAAGUCACCAAAGGACUCCUGAUCCUUUUAGUCAACCCCCUGGACUGCAACGCCCUGUAGUGCCUGAUCCUCACGCACAGUCAUUGGGAAGAUCCCAGCCAUUACCUAAUGAUUCAUGUGCACAUCCCUCACAAACACCUCAUCCUGGAGGAGUAGGACAGGGAUUGGUACCUGGGCCCAUGGCCAGUCAAGAUCCAUUCUCUCCUCCUCAAGUCUUAAUGCAAGACACUUUUGCCAGUCCAACAAAACAUGGACCUCAGACCCUUAAACAUUUGAGUAUGGCAGAUGAAACCAUAUCUCAGCCGAUAUCCAGUCGACCCAAUCAGACUCCCAUUCAUGACCCUUUUGAGCAGGCCACCAUGCUCCCACAUCUUCAAUGUGGAGAAAAUAAAGAACAACAAGGUUUGGUACAAUGUAUGAGUUCCCACCUCAUGGGCCAGCCCAGCACUGAAGCUCAAACGGUACCUCUGGCAGAAGCUGAGGAAAGACUCAGACAGCGUCUGCGUAUUCGAGAGCUGAUACUCAAACAGCAACAGCAGAAGAGUGCCAUACGUCAAGAUAAGUGUGUACAGGAUCAUCUUCUGACCAUGCCUCCGGGUACCCCUCAACACUGGAGUCAGGAGUCUACAGGCCAACAGAGUGAAAUUUUUAAUCGCCCACCACCACCAUAUCCUGGACCAGGAGCUGUGAGAACCCCUCAAAGAUUCCAUGGGCCAUUCCCAGGAGAUCAACAGGGGCAUUUCCCUGAAGGCCAGUUUCCUAGACCACAGUUUCCUGUGGAUGCUGACUCAAAUAUAAGGCAGCUUGGGCCAAGGAUGCCUCUCACUCCUAAUGUCCAAGGUCCUAUAAGAGCUCCAAGACCGAAUCAGAUGCACGACCCAAUAAUUGAAGCUCAUCCACAUAUGAGACGAUCUAUGUCUAUGGACUUGGGGAAGUCAAUAGGAGGCAACCCCUUAGUAACCCCACAUUUACCUUCUCGUGGCAUGCAUGUGCAACAGCACAACAUCAUGGGGCAGCCUUUCAUUGAACUGAGACACAGGGCGCCAGAUAGCAGACUUCGGUUUCCCUUUGGAGCUCCUAAUAUGCAGGGAAAUCGAAUGGAAUUGACCUCACAGCAACGACCCCCAGGUUUCAUGGGUGGCCAAGAAAUGGGAUUCCCCUUCAAUCAAGUUCCAAGGCCAAUGGAUACAGCUAUUAAUCAGUCUCAGGUAGCUAAUACACAGAUGCAGGCAUCUCUCAGCUUGGGGAAUUUACAACAAGCUAAUAUUCCGUUGAGAGCUGGACAUCCACAAAUCCCCCUAACGAGGUCUAUAAGCCAACCUGCUUCUAGUGAGACUCUCAGUGCUCCCUUACUCACAAGUAUUGCUGCUACAUCUGUUGUCCAAAAUAUUGAGGUCCCUUUAUCCACAAAUGAAGUACCUGAGGAGAAAAUCGAUACUGAUGAAUCUGCUGUCAAGGACCUUGAGGAUGUUGAGGUGAAGGACUUUGUGGAUGCUGAUUUAGAGAACUUAAAUCUUGAUACAGAUGAUGGAAAGGACUUGGAUCUUGAAACGAAUGACCUGCAUCUAGAUGACUUCUUAACAUCUGGGAAAUUUGAUAUAAUUGCCUAUGCUGAUGCUGAUUUAGAUCUUAAUGAGGACCUAGAUCUCAGUGAUCCAAUAGAAGACCACACUGAGACGUCUGAUUUCCAAAAGACAAAAGCUGAGAAAAAGACUGAUAGUUUUGAUGGCUCAUCAUCAUCAUCAUGCUCGACGUCAACAGUAGUAGACAAAACUGCUCAGUCUCAAGGUCACAUCAGUCCAGACAUUCCUCAAGAUCAGAUGUUGGUUUCCUUGAAAACAGAGGAGGAUUGCAAAAAUGGAAUUAAAGAUUGCUUGUCCCAAGACACAUCUUGUAAGAAUCAGGUAAAUAAUAGUCCUGCCGUUAAUCAAGCUGGCUUUGAAAGUGAUAUUGAUGCCAGUUUACAGGCUCCAAAGUCUGGAAUUCAGCCAGAUACUACGCCAUUGCUUUCAAGCAUGCUGGUCAGUGUACCACCAGAAGGUGAAUCACAGAAGCAGGAACACUUAUCAGCACAAGGCAACCCACAAAGUGAGGAAGCUACAGUGUCACUCAGUAGCACUAUGCUGGGGCAAGGAAACUUCUCAGUGCAGGAGAUGGAUACUGGCCUCAGUAUUGACCAAUCAGUGGUGUCUUCUCAUGGUGAAAGUGCAUUAGAAGUACCAGGCUCCAUUCAGGAACAACAACAAAGCCAUAUAUUUGGUUUGGAUCAAAAGGAUGCUGUACUCUCAGGGGAACAACACAGUAUUCUUGCUCAACAGGCAAUGCUGUCACAGCAAGGCAAUCAGAUCAGACCACUGCUUCUGGAGGAGCAACCACUCCUUCUCCAAGACCUCCUGGAUCAGGAGAGACAGGAGCAGCAGCAGCAGAAGCAAAUGCAAGCAAUGAUAAGACAGCGUCCCAAUGAUUCAUUCUUCCCCAACAUAGAUUUUGAUGCUAUCACAGACCCCAUAAUGAAGGCAAAGAUGGUCGCAUUGAAAGGGAUCAAUAAAAUGGUGGUCCAAAACAACAUGGGAAUGUCUCCUAUGGUCAUGAACAAUGUCCAGACAGGGCAGGCACUACCAAGCCCUGAUGGAGGUAUAGCUCCGGUGCAGUUGGCUGGACAGGAUGGCAAACUUGCUCCUCACAUGACACGACCCAAUCCCCCAAAUUGUGGACAAGGAUUUUCCCAUGAUGCACAGAAGGUUCAGUAUGAAGACUGGCUCAGGGAAACCCAGCAGCUGCUUCAGAUGCAGCAGAAGUUUUUGGAGGAGCAGAUUGGGGCCCAUAGAAAGUCUAAAAAAGCCCUAUCUGCCAAGCAGAGAACUGCCAAGAAAGCAGGACGGGAGUUUCCUGAGGAGGACGCAGAGCAGCUGAAACAUGUGACAGAGCAACAGGGGGUGGUGCAGAAACAGCUGGAACAGAUUCGCAAACAGCAGAAGGAGCAUGCAGAGCUGAUAGAGGAGUAUAGGGUUAAACAGCAGCAACAAGGUAGCAUGCAGCCUGCAAUGAUGCAUGGAAUGCCACCAAUGCAGCCUCAUGUUGGCAUGAUGCCAGUUGGGCCCCCAAUGAACCAACCUAUGAUGGGUCCCAUGAUGCCCAUUCGUCUCCACUCUGGCCAACCAGAUGCAACUAGUGUGACCAACACAGCAGGUUGGCACCCUGGUGCACCUGCUCCCAGUGGAGCACCUCAAAUGCCAGGAGUAAUGCCUGCUCAAGUAGUGCAGGCACAGCCUACGCAGCCAGCAGUGGCAAGGCCCAGUCAGGGGCAGGCAGGUGGCGAGUCUCCUCACGUAAAUUUCGACGAUACCAACCCAUUUAGUGAAAGCUUCCAGGAGCGUGAGCGCAAGGAGCGGCUACGGGAGCAACAGGAGAGGCAAAGAGUGCAGCUUAUGAAGGAAGUGGAAAGACAGCAUGUGAAACACUGCAUGGAGCAACAGCAAGUCCCUAACUGCCAAGAUGGAACAAUGAGGGCCUUGUCACAAAUGCCUUUUUACAACCAGGAGCUACCGCAGGACUUCAUGCAGCCACCCAGAAUGCAGCAGCAGAUGCAAGGUCCGCCAUUUCCACAGCAGCAAGGCAUGCAACCAGGGUUCAUUGGCGGACCAUCCAGACCAAUGAUGGGUAACGGUCCGUUCCCUCAGGAAAUGGGACCGGGGUUUGUUUCCGAGAACCUAGUACCCCAUGGGCCUAACUUUGCCCAGGCACAAGCUAGACCUCAGAGAUAUCCUGGGCCAAACAUGAUGCCUCAGAAUCCAAUUCAAAGGCAUCAGUUCCCAAUGGAGGGUCCCAUGCCCUUGCCUCCAAACUUUCCAGGUCCUGGUCCAUCACUGAUCCAGCUGUACUCCAACAUCAUUCCAGAGGAGAAAGGAAAGAAGAAAAGGAACCGCAAGAAGAAGAAAGAUGAUGAUUGCGAGUCGCUGAAAGCUCCUUCCACACCUCGCUCAGACCUGACAGCCCCGUUAACACCCUGCGUCUCAGAUACAUCUUCCACACCGACAAGGAACCAAAUGGUCUUCGGUGACCAUGAGUUCUGCGAAACGUCCCAGCCUGGAUCGUCUACACCAGGCUCCAUGAGCAGCCAGCCCCACUCUGAGCUUGAGCGCCAGCUUUCUGAAGGCAGCUGCGGUGGAGGCCCAGAGAUAGCCAUGACCCAACAGGAGAUGCAUGACAGGAUCCUGUCCAACAUCAAAUUGGAGAAGGUGGAGGCGAGUGACUGCCAUGGGCACAAAGGAAUGGAGAUGGAAAUGGGACUAGGCAUGGUCAAGGUAGAGGGAGAGAGGGAGGGAAUGUUGCUUCAUCCUGCGAGCCAAAGUCCAGCCAGCAGCUCGAAAGGAGAAGCUGGGAAUGAACUCCUCAAACACCUCCUAAAGAAUAAGAGGACUCCACCUCCCGCACUGCCCCACCAGAGGUCUGAAGACAGUUUGAGGUCAGAGGAAGAGGGAUCCAUGGACUGCAAAGCUUUUCUGCGGCAGAGCUCCAUGGACAGCACUGGGACAUUCUCGGAUUCAAACCACCCUGAUUUCCCUGGACCAUUACUUCCAGAGGGCAAGAAGAAACAGAGGAACAAGAGGGCACCCAAGAGUGGAGACAGACCCGCUCCCCGCUGUAAAAAGAGAAAGAAAGAGGAUGAAGACAAUCAAGCAGUGUAUUCCUCUACUGAGCCAGUAAUGACCCAGUUAAAACAGCAGCUUUCUCUCUUGCCCCUAAUGGAGCCUCUGGUGGGGGUGAACUUUGCCCAUUUCGUGCCCUAUGGGGGCGGACAGCUGGAUGGGGAGAGCCGUCUCUCGGGCUCAUUUGGGAGCGCCUCAUUGGACGGUGUCUCUGACUAUUACUCCCAGCUGAUUUACAAGCAGAAUAAUUUGAGCAACCCCCCCACGCCUCCCGCCUCUCUUCCCCCGACUCCUCCUCCAGUGGCGCGCCAGAAGAUGCUCAAUGGCUUUGCCACAACAGAGGAGCUGGCCAGCAAAGGGGGCGUCAUUGUUAGCCAUGACGUCACCAAAGGGCUGCUUUCUCGACCGCUGCAGUUUAAGGCUGAGGAGGAGCUGCUGGCUCGAGCUCUGGCUCAGGGGCCCAAAACUGUGAAUGUGCCGGCUUCUCUCCCCACCCCGCCUCACAACAACCAGGAGGAGCUCAGGGGACAGGAGCAAUGUGAAGACAGAGACACCCCAGACAGCUUCGUCCCGUCUUCUUCCCCAGAGAGUGUCGUUGGCAUGGAGGUCAGCCGCUAUCCUGAUCUCUCAUUGGUCAAGGAGGAACCUCCUUCUCCAGCCCUGUCUCCAGUAAUUCCAAUGUUUCCUGUCUUUAGGGGCAAAGGCUCAGAGGUCAGGUUACGAGAGGUCAAGACGGAGCCUUCAUCAGUGUUCUUCGGCUCUCCAUUUGCAUCAGUGCAAAACGGCUCCAACUCCGGGCUGGUGUCCAUCGCCAUCACGCUGAAGCCCGCAGCUGCUGGGAACAUCACUGACGUUGUUGCAGCCAUUGCUGACCUGAUCCGUGUGAAGAUCCCCAGCAGCUACGAGGUCAGCAGUGGCCCGGGAGGAACUAUUGGGGCCAUCAAGACCUCAGUGGAUCCACAGCACCUGACCUCUGCCCUUCAUGAGCCGAACGGACUGAGAGCCACACAGCAAGCACCUCCGCAGCUACAACACAACCACAACAAAAGUGAGGAACGCUUGCCUAUCAGUAUUCUUUCUAACAGAGGUCUUGUUGGUGGUAGAGAGCGGGAUAAGAAGGGACAGGAAGGCCCAGGACCAAAGCAACAAUGGUGUCAACACUGUAAAGUGGUUGUCCUUGGCAGUGGCGUGAGGAAAAUUACCAAAGAUGAGCAGGGCAAAGCACAGAAGUCUCAGUUAUGUUCGGAUGCUGGUUUGGUGUUCUGCAGUCAUAGCUGUCUCAUUCUGCACUCAUCAUCCUCUCAGUCCAAUGGGAACGCUGACACCAAGGCAUCUGUUGCUCUACUUCCUGAAAGUGCUUUGCAACAGUGUCCCUCUAAAGUCCAGCACCAGUACAGCAACAACAUGUCCUCGCUAGACGUCCACUGCCUGGCCCAACUCCAGCCCAAACCGUCCCCUCCCUCUCCGAACCUUCACACAGCGAUCAAGAUGGAGUCCAAACCUGAAAGCAUAUCAGAAAGUCAUCUUAAAGUGACGGUACAACUUAAACCGUGUUCCCAGAGCCACAUGGAAGACAAACCAUGGCAUCACGGCAAACGGUGGAAAGGCCUGCGCUGGCGAAAAUGGACGGUACACAUUACGAUACCAAAAGUUGGCACCCAAACAUCGGAGUCAGAAGUUGAGGAGCUUUUGCAGCAGCUCAACUCAUCUCUGCGACCGUGCUCAACCACUCGAGACAUGCGUCGCUGCUGUUUCUGCCAACAGAUAGGCGAUGGGAUGACGGAUGGCCCAGCCAGGCUGCUAAACCUGGACUUGGACACCUGGGUGCACCUCAACUGUGCCCUCUGGUCCUCUGAGGUCUAUGAGACACAAGCCGGUGCCCUAAUCAACGUGGAACUGGCGCGCCAGCGAGGACAAACGGUGGUUUGUGCGUUCUGUCAGCGCUUGGGUGCCACCAGUGGCUGCCAUCGGCUGCGCUGCCUCAACAUCUACCACUUCACGUGCGCCUUGCAGGCCGGCUGUACUUUUUUCAAGGAUAAAACAAUGCUGUGCCACCAGCACCGUCCGCGAGGUUCUGGCGCCGCCGCUGGGUUGCACUUAGAACACCAACUUCGCUGCUUCUCCGUGUUCCGCCGCGUGUUUGUGCAGCGCGAUGAGCUGAGACAGUUAGCAACGGCCGUGCAGCAGCCUGAACGCGGCCAUACUUUCCGAGUGGGCAGUUUGCUUUUCCAUGCAAUGGGUCAGCUUCCACCUGCCCUGCUGUCCACGUUUCAUUCGUCCACGGCCAUCUUUCCACCUGGCUACGAGGCGAGCCGGCUCUACUGGAGCAUGCGGCACGGCCAGAAGCGCUGCCGGUACGUCUGCUCUGUGGAAGAGCAUGAGGGGCGUCCCGAAUUCAGCAUCCGUGUCAUUGAGCAGGGCUACGAGGAUCUGGUGCUGACUGACACCACUGCUAAAGGAGUCUGGGACAAGGUUCUUGGGCCUGUGUCCGAGAGGAGGGCUGAGACGGGCAUGCUGAGACUGUUCCCCGUCUAUCUGAAGGGAGAGGAUCUCUUUGGGCUCACCGUCUCAGCAGUCACCCGUAUCGCUGAAUCACUGCCGGGUGUGGAGGCGUGCUCGAGGUAUCGAUUCCGUUAUGGACAUAAUCCCAUGUUGGUGCUUCCACUGUCCAUCAAUCCAUCUGGCUGCGCUCGUUCUGAGUUGCAGACGUACCCCCAUCAUGAGAGGCUGAAGAUCCUCUCCGUGUGGUCCAGAACAUCUCAGUGCAUCCAGAACUCGAUGCUGGCGGAGAGGGGAUCAUCUCACAGCAAGCACUUUGUGCACUCCAAGUCAUCUCAGUACCGCCGGCUGACCAGCGACUGGAAGACAAACGUGUAUCUGGCACACUCUCGCAUCCAGGGUCUUGGGCUGUUUGCAGCGCGUGACAUUGAGAAGCAGACCAUGGUGAUUGAAUACAUGGGGGAUAUUGUGCGUGCUGAGGUGGCCAUGAGGAGAGAGCUGCUGUACAAGGCUAAGAACCGGCCAGCGUACAUGUUCCGCAUCGACGGCAUGAGAGUUAUCGAUGCGACCCGCUCUGGAAGCCCUGCAAGGUACAUCAAUCAUUCAUGCUCACCAAACUGUGUGGCUGAGGUCGUGACAUUUGAGCGGGGUCACAAGAUCAUCAUCAGUGCCGCCCGCAGGAUUGAGAGGGGAGAAGAGCUCUGCUACGAUUACAAGCUCACCCCGGCUGCAGAUCAGAGCAAGAUCCCAUGUCACUGUGGAGCCGCCAACUGCCGCAAGUGGAUAAACUAAACGGGAGUGACACCAACAACAACUCUGAACAACUCCCAAUUUACCAGAGGAGACGUGCAAACAGGAAACAGCCAAUCCUGGAAGUUGCCCAAAUGGGCGAUCGUUUUUUUAAUGUGCAAAUCUAAGAGGAAAACACAACGCGAGAAUACAGCAUUGUGUGAGAGCCAUUCGUAUCAUUUCUUGAUUUGAAAGGAAAGGGUUCCGUUAUGUGCAUGUGCCACGAGUCUGUGUGUGUGUGUGUGCAUCACACGGGGCAGAUUUCACCAGCGAAUAAGGAUGGAGAAUGAGCGCGAGCACUGUGCCGGGUGUUGCCUUAUAGGUUGAAGGAGUGGCAGGCCCAUCUGUAUGACGAGAUCUGUAGAGACUGAACCGUAGAAAUCAUUGUAGAACAUCACUGAAAGGAGAAUGUACGGAAUUGACUUCCGCAAAGGGAAAAAAAAACUUGUUGCACUAAAAAAAAGAAAGAAAAAAAAGAAACAGCAAAGAAAACUCACAAAAAAAAACACUCAAAAUACUUGAUUCCAUGAGUCAGUUUUAUCCUAGAUAUCUCUCAUUGUUUAGUGUAAGAAAAUAAAGGUGUUUUGUAUUUAUUACUGUGUGAGUGAAUGAAUGGGCUUAUUUUUAAAAGCGGUUUUAUGCCGAUCAAAAGGAAGCCCGACUGCGAUUCUUGAACGCAGUUUGAGAUUCUGUUACAUCUGUAAAUACCGUGUAAAUAUAGAGAAAUAUCGGAAUGAUUGACCAAAUACUACCUUAUUCACUACCUUAUUCAUAUUGAUGUUCAGAUAUUUUAGAUGUGCCGUUUUGUUUUGCUUUUUUCCUCCAUUCUUUUUCUCUUCGGAAUUAUUUAACAAAGACACAUCAUGAUACCACGUGUACACGUGUAAUUACGAAACUGUACAGAAUUGCAAAGGUGAUUUCACAUGAAAAGUAUUUUCUCUGUGCUUAGGAUGUGGUAUUUGUAGUGACUUUGUGGUUUAUACAUUUAUUGCUGACCAUUUUGUUGGUUUUAAUUUCAUUUUAUGUUACGGAUAGCAGCGAGACGCAAUUCAAAAUCUAGAAAAUCAGGUGGGAUUGUAGGUGUAGGGAUAACUGUGAAAUGAACUUUAAACCUCACAAACGAGAUCACAAGCGUAACCUGAGAACAGGCACAAGUAGAUCACGCUAUUUGUUUUUUAAUAAAGGCUGUCAUAUGGAUUUUGUAAACCUGCAAUGUCGUUGUGCAAGAACGAGAAGAGGUUUGAUUGAGAAGUUUGCUUGUUGGAGAUGGUAUGAGCGGGAAUCGGUGGGAAAGAAGGGUCAGCGUUAACUCUCUGAAAAUGAUGUACAUAUAUAAAAACAUAUGCUUGUAUUAGUUUUCUUGAUUGAAGUGAAACAUCUGUUAAGAGAGUGAUGUUCAUUUUGUAGCCAAAAUUUUUUUUUCACAUUUCACAUGCCUUGUUGUUUCAAUUUGGGAGUUUCUGUGUGCACAAUUUCACGUUGAAAAUGGACAGUUUAGACUUUGUAUUGUACUGGGCAUGAAUUUUUUCAAAAGAGUCAGUUGUAUAUAUUUUUUUCUCAAUGAACAGCUGUAACAAAAUUGUUUCAUGGCUAUUUUCCUUGUCUUGUAAAAUACAUCAAUUUCCUAGUGUUUUUCUUUUUUCUUUUCUUUUGCUCUGUAUAGUAGUCUAAAUUGUUUUGGAAACUGAAGCUUUUUUGAAGUACACAGAGCGAUAUAGGGUUUGGUAUUUGAGGAAUUGAAUUUACAUUUACAAAAAAAUAAUAAAAUAUUUUACAUUCUACAUUUA